CUUCGCCACAAUCCUAAUAGCGAUCGCCUUUCGGCUUUGACUCUGCAAGACAUCUUUGCAAUUGCUCAAAUUCUGAUGAGUUUCUCUCUUUUUUUAUUUUUUUAUUCCCUUACAUAGUAAAUCAAAGGAGACCAUUUAUAUGAUAUUCCUACAUAGCUGUUUUACUUUGCUACUAUUCUAAGUAUCUAGGUACCUACCCAUUUUACCCCUGAACCCUGGUCUUCCAAGGCUUGGCAAUUCCAUCAAAUGCAAACACAAUUAUCUUUUACAUAAAUUGGCAACAUUACAGGAAUGGAUCGCCGCCAGUCUAUCGUCGCCGACAAGACCAAACGAUCAUCCGGUCCAGUCCACCGCCCGUCAGAUCCCUCCGGAGCCAGCAGGGGUUCCUUACCGGCAGGAGAGCUUCAUACAGACGGAGAUGAUACGGCAAACGCGUCGCACCAGCCGCCGCCUUACUCAAGUCCUUCGGAUACCUCUCUAGAUCCCCAAGCCCGCUCACAUUUACCGAAAGGCCCGCAAUAUUAUCCAGGCCUUCCUAUAUUAGACUAUCGCCAAUAUUUACCGCCCUUGUUUGAGCUGUCGCCAGAUAGCACAACUAUCACCAGCAAAGCCAAUUAUCUAUCUGAAAAUGCCGGAGCCUUAGCUACGCUCGUGCGAAGCCUUGCCACCGUGCCGCCAAAGCCUCAACUCAUCAUACAAGGAAACCGUGGUCGCAAAGUCGACUUUAGUAUCAAGCUGAAUCUAAUGAACUUACUCGUUCCUAAUGACCCCAGGGAUCGUCUCGAUUAUCUCCGAUGUGUUAGUAAAGAUGAGGUGGCUCUUCGCGGCGGUAGCGAACCUGGGCUGAAGCCCGACUUUGGUGUAGAUAACGGGCUGGAGGCGUGGUGCGACCGAUUCGUCAAGGAUACAACUACCAUAAAGAGCUUCACGGUCGAGCGGGUUGUAGCAAACUUCGAUACAAAUUGGUUAGAAGGCCAGGUGCGGAGCCUUGUUGCCUCUACAAACUACAAAGGCCAAGUCACGGUACAAUUCCUCGUCACACACGCCAAAGUCGUCAUCCAGAACCCGGACAAGCACAAUAAAUUCUUAACGAGUGUUACCUCGCUAUUCUCGAGCAAGAGCAAAUACGAGGUCAUUAAGGCUGUGUGGCCUUUCGCGACGAGCAAGAAUGGCGAGCAGGGCCGAAAGUGUGUUGUGCAGAGUGAAAAGACGUGGUGGGAGGAGUGGCGCGACCCAAUCAGAUUUGCCAUCGGGACAAAGCGUCAAGGUUGGGUUACAAAUGAGGAUAAACUUGAAUGCAUCAUGGAGGGUAGAGGAAAAGGUAUUAAGUUGAUUGACUGGGGUUCUGAAUUCGAUUGAAUGAACUUGAUAUGGAUAUAGGACAUCAAUUCCCCGUUACAGGAUCUACCACAUUAGCUCAUCUGAGGGGGGAUUUACUACCUUAACAUAUGCGACAUAUAUUGCGCUUCAUUUUUAUUCUAUAUAUCCCAUGGAGAUUGUGCGACUUGAUAGGCCACUUCAGCUUACUCGAGACUAUCGCUGAAUAAUAUAAUAUAAUUACUGGUGUUUAAGAGUCCAACGGGAAAUAUGCCA